AUGAAUAGCGAGUUAUCAUCAACAUCAUCACUCGGAAGUGCUAACAUCAUGACGAAUAUUACCUCCUCUGUCAACAGCAACAACACCAAUUUGUUAAAUCAAAAAUUCAAUGAUUAUCUCAACAAGGUCUUUCCAAAGACUCAACAAUACAAAAUGGUUUUCGUUGUAAGAAAUGAUUUGGAUAUGAGAAAAGGGAAAAUUGCAGCUCAAUGUUGUCAUGCUGCUGUUGGUCUCUAUCGUAAUAUUUUGUAUGAAAAUAUUGAUUAUUACAAAUAUGUGCAUUCUCAAUGUCCAAAUACAAUUAGUGGUAAUGAUGUACUGCCAUUAAUCACACUUGAUGAUAUUCAACAAUGGAAACAAUAUCUUCAUUCUUGGGAAACGACAGCUGAGGCUAAAAUUUGUUUGCGAGCUGACAGUGAAAAAGAAUUUGAAGGACUCAUUCAAAAUUGUUUAAAAGAGAAAUUAAAUUGUUAUCUUGUUGUGGAUGCUGGAAGAACACAAAUUGAGGCUGGAUCCAAGACUGUAUUGGGAAUUGGUCCUGCACCUGUUGAGAAAAUUGACAAGGUUACAAAACAUUUAAAGUUGUUGUAA